CACCAUGAGGUUAACGGUAUGUGCCGCGCGAACAAAAUGGCGGACUCAGCUGCAACGGCUUUCCACUGAUUCAGUGUCUGACUAUGGCUUUACUUGACCCGAAGUUUUAUUCAAACAAUGUUUUGGUUGUCGGGGACGGUAACUUUUCAUUCACUGUUUGCUUAGCGUCUGCGUUAUCAGAGACGUCGGUUAAGAUCGUGGCAACAUCUCUGGAUUCGCGCGCUGCCUUGGCGAACAAUGACUUCGCUGUUGAAAACAUCGAUAAAUUAUCAGCUUUUAAGAACGUGGAGAUCUUGCAUGAGGUAGACGCAACGAAUCUGACUGGAAACUUUGGCCCAAGGAUCUUCGACCGAGUGAUCUUUAACUUCCCACAUACUGGUGGAAAAUCAAAUAUCGGCAAGUCGAGAGAGCUUUUGGAGCGGUUCUUUGCAAGUGCCGCACAUCACGUUGACAGCAAUGGGGACAUUUGUGUGAGCCUUUGCCAAGGCCAGGGAGGGACACCUUUGGACAACCCAAGAAGGGAGCAUGGAAACACUUGGCAGGUUGUUUCUCAAGCCGCUAAAGCAGGUUCGUAGUAUAGCUGGUAGGUAGGUAAAGUCUGCGUACGAGCCAAGUGGCCCUUCAGGCCCGCCGGCUCUUAUCUCCUUAAGUUGCAUGAAACGACUAGGAGUAUUUCUACUCCCCCUGGAUGGGAUGCUUGUCCAUCGCAUGGUUACCCCCAGC